AUGAGGAGGGGCUCCAAACCCAGCCCAGGGUGCUCUGAGGAGGAAAGACCCACCCUGAGCCAGGAAGGUGGACAGAGCUUCAGCCAGAGUUCCGAGCUGGUGGCCCAUGAGCAGCUUCAUGAUAAGGAGAAGCCCCACAAGGGCUUGGAGUGUGGGAAGACCUUCAGACAUAGCAGCACCCUGAUCAGCCACCAGAUGAUCCACACUGGGGAAUGGCCUUACGAAUGUGGGGAAUGUGGGAAGGGCUUCAGCUACAGGUCAGAACUCAUCAGGCACCAACGCAUCCACACUGGGGAGAGGCCCUACCAGUGUCCCACAUGUGGGAAGAGGUUUCAGACCAGCUCCCAUCUCCGUCUGCAUGAGCGGAUUCACACAGUGGAGAGGCUCUUCCGCUGCCCUGACUGUGGGAAGGGCUUCAAGCAAAAGUCCCACCUCAUCACCCACCGGCGCAUCCACACCGGGGAGAGGCCCUACGAGUGUCCCCAGUGUGGGAAGAGCUUCACCCAGAGCUCUCACUUGACCAAACACCAACGCAGCCACCAGUAA